AAUGACAGUUUCGAUGCUCAUGAUCCAAUUAUUGAAGUUUGUGAAGCAUAUGUAUGUAUGUCUUGUAUGAAUAUAACUGUAACACUUAAUUCUUGUGUGUCUGUUUGUAUGUUAGUUGUGAGAAAGUUAAUUCAUCACCUACUUGAUUUAGUUGCAAUUUCACACCAGUUUCAAAUGUUUCAUUUUGGUGCCAUAAUUUUUAGUGUAUCUCAACCAGGUCUAAACCUGUUAACAGGAUUAAACUUGGCUAAUUUCAAAUUGACACAUGUCUUCAUUACGAAUAUUUGUAGAAAGAGGUCUCAACGGAAGCUAGAAGCACAUAGAUAAUUAGCAAAGCUGAUGAAUGAACCUCAUUAUAAGCCAGUGAAUUGUAGUCUGACAAAUAGGCAAAACUAAAAAUUAGUUCUUGCCAAUUCAUCUGGGGAUGCUGUUGUCCUGUUGAAAGCAGCCAAAUAUAUUACUUAGCAUGGUUGGCAAAGCAACGAUGGGGGUCUGAAUUCUGUUCGUUGCAGAGUACAGGUAGGAAGCAGAGUGGCAUUAUGUAUCAAGAGUGAAAUGCAGCAAAGGAGUAAUGAUCAAGGCAGGUCAGAAAAUCGAAACAGUGGACAGUCGGAUGCGUCCCCCACAAUCGUAAAAAUAAUCGCGCAUGUGCGCUGCAUUCAAUGAAUGGGUUUGGGCCAUUCAUCAAGGCCCUUAGCCUAGUUCGUUCUUGGCUUCGGCUUGGACUAAGAUUUUAAAUCCAAAACUACAACAUCUGCCAAUGCCAUCUGCAUCACCCCUCGUCCCGUCAAAACAAAGACUUCUGUCUUCUGAGAGGAGCCAAACCAAAGCAUAGUUAAGUUGUCUGUCUAAAUACAUAGACUGAAGUAAAGAGAAAAAUGGAAGGGAAUGGGAAUGGGUUGGAAGGAGAUGGAUCAAACGGACAAGCCCUGCCGAAUUGCUUGAGUGGGUUAGUGGACGAUGGUAGCACGGAGUGUCACCGAUACUACCUGUCACGAAGAACUGUGCUGGAGAUGCUGAGGGACAGAGGCUAUGCCGUACCCAUCUCUGAAUUCAACCUCUCCCUUCAAGAAUUUCGAGCCAUUCAUGGCCAAAGCCUUGAUUUUGAUCGUCUUAGAAUCUCUGUUAGUCAUAAAACUGACCCUUCCAAGCGGGUGCUGGUAGUUUUCUAUGGGCCUGGUACAGUCAAAGUUAGUGGGAUUAGGCUCAUUGCUGGUCUAAUUACUAACAAAGAAAGUUUGACUGGGUUGAUAUUAAUCUUGCAAAACCACAUAACAAACCAAGCUUUGAAAGCUCUGGACCUUUUCUCAUUUAAAGUGGAGAUAUUCCAGAUCACUGACUUACUUGUUAAUAUUACGAAGCAUGUGCUAAAGCCCAAGCAUCAGGUAUUGACAGAAGAAGAGAAACAAAGGCUGUUGCAGAAGUACAGUAUAGAAGAGAAACAGCUUCCUCGACUAUUGAAGAAAGAUGCCAUUGCAAGAUAUUAUGGUUUUGAAAGGGGUAAGGUGGUCAAAGUUACCUAUGGUGGCGAAAUCAUCGAGUCACAUGUUACUUACCGAUGCGUCUGGUGAUGCUGCAAUACAAUGUCCUUUUUGAAUCUUCCUAUGGGAAACUGCAGCUGUAUUUUAAGUUUUUCCCCAACCUUAUCUGGGUUGGCUUCAUGUUACAUAACACAGCAACACGUGAAAGAACUAAUAUUUUUAGUUUUAAAAAAUUGGGGCUGGAAUAGGUUCCUUCAUCAACCAGAGAGAAGAGGAAAUUUAAUGGUCUAUGGUUUAUUCAUUCAUUUAUUUCACAUUCGACAAAUAUAACAAAACAGCAACAUGUGAGCAAAACUGGUUGUAAUAAUAAUAUACAUACACACACACACAUAUAUAUAUCUAUAUAUAUAUAUAUAUAUAUAAUUGGAAUGAACAUGGUCGGCGAACGAUUUUCUCUUAUGCCGACAUCACACUGCCAUUCUGCAUCUUUGUUAACUACACUUAAUUUUUAAACAUAAUUAAAAGCACCAUCACCAUACAAUAAUAGGUAUGAUUACAGUUUCACAGAUGAUAGAAUAUAUUUUCACAGAUAGAAAAUUCAAGCAUUAUCACCACGAUAGCAAACUGCAAAAUGCCAAAAAAAAAAACUCAUUUACAAGAUGGCCAUGGUUAUAA